AUAAACUACUCCACUUGACCCGGAUCCGAUAACCGCCGAUGGAGCUCCGACCCGAUAAAAAGGAAUCCGAAUCCGAAACCGAGUCAUUCUCUAUAUCGAAGCUUCGCGUAGCCAGAGAAGCCAUCGUUUCCCUCCUCUCUGCCGCCGUGACCGACGAGCGCGCACUCACAGCCCUCGAUCUCCGCCUCUCCGUCCCUCUCUCCGCCGUCUCCGCCGCAUCCACCACCGUCACCGGCCCUCUCUCCUCUCAACUCCUCUCCUCCCGUGCCCUUUGCCACCGCAUCGAUCGUUCCCUAACUCCCUCUCUCUCCCUCCUCCGAUCCCUCUCCCUCUCCCACCGCCUCCAUGAAACCCUACUAUCCCACUCCCCUGACGCCCCUCUCUCCCCCGAUCGCCUCAUCAAGUUCAUCGACCGCGUGGAUCGUCUCCAAUCGGCGAUCGCCGACGUCGCAGCUGGGGUUGAGCCCGCGAUCGGACGGCUCCAGGAGACCGUCGAGUUCCUAAGCCGCACGAAGGCGACAGAUCAGCUCCGGAUCCGGCGUCUCGGCGAGACAUUGAACGCGAUCAGGGCGCUCUAUGAGGCGGAGGUGGACGCGAUGCAGUACGAGGGGAUGCUGGAUGACGCACUGGUGAAGUUACAAGACGAGUUCGAACGCAUUCUAGCCAAGAUCCGUCAUCGCGGCGUCGGAGACGAGGUCGACGAUGGUGAUCUCGGAGAAGACACGAAGCCGAUCUUAGGCUCCGAUGUCGAGGUCGAUGCUCUCCGCCGCAUCGUCCAAACCCUCGCCGCCAACGAUUGCCUCGAUAUCUCCAUUGAUAUCUACGUCAAGGUACGUUACCGUUGUGCAGCAAAGGCAUUGAUGAGGCUGAACCCGGAGUAUCUAAAGACAUUCUCGCCGGAGGAGAUUGACGGCAUGGAAUGGGAAACCUUAGAAUCCGCCAUCACCCUCUGGAUCCAGCACUUCAACCUCGCUCUCAACUCUGUCUUUGUUGCCGAGAAACAGCUCUGCUCCCGCGUCCUCUCAUCUCUCAUGGACUCCCAGCUCUGGCCCGAGUGCUUCGCCAAGAUCGCUGACAAGAUCAUGGCGGUCUUCUUCCGCUUCGGCGAGGGCGUUGCACGAUCCUCUCGCGAGCCCCAGAAGCUCUUCAAACUCCUUGAUAUGUUCGAUGCUCUAGAUCGCAUCCGCCACCACUUUAUGACUGUUUUUGAUGGUGAUUCCGGCGCCGACAUCUGCGUCCGAUUCCGUGAGCUUCUCAAGCUUGUUGUUCAUGCUUCGUCCAAGGUUUUCUGGGAGUUUGGCCUCCAAAUCGAAGGUCUUCAAGAUGGAGUUCCCCCGCCACCUGAUGGAUCAGUGCCUAAGAUUGUUAGAUAUGCUGUUAACUACUUGAAAUUUCUCUCCAGUGAGAGCUAUAGCGCUGCCAUGGGCCGUGUGCUGCGCACCGAGCAAGUUUGGAAAGCCGGCGUGUUAUCUAGGCCGGAUCCCGAAGAUAGUGUUCUUAGAGACGCAGUGUCCAACAUCUUAGAUGCACUCCAACGUAAUGUUGAAGCCAAGCGAGCCAGAUAUAAAGACAAAGUGCUACCACACAUAUUUGCUAUGAAUUCCUACUGGUACAUCUACAUGAGAACAAAGGGCUCCGAGUUAGGGAAGCUGGUGGGGGAGGAGAGCAUCAAGAGGAAGUACAAGACAGCUGCCGAGGAAGCUGCCUAUUCUUACCAAGCCCAAGCAUGGGGGAGGGUAGUAGACUUAUUGGACUCUGAUGAGGAUGCUUUAACCAAGUCAAAUGAAUUACAAGGGAAGGAAGCAGCUGGAGUUCUUGCUAGAGUCAAGAUUGAAUCUUUUAUGAAAAGUUUUGAAGAGAAUCUAAGAAAACACAAGACUAGUUACUGCAUUCCUGAUCCUGACUUGAAGGAACAAAUCAAAGGAGCAGUGGCCAAGCUAGUGGUGCCUUCUUAUGCUUCAUUCUUGCAGGCUAAUGCUUCUGUGCUUCAAGGGAGGUCUCUUGUGCCUCCUGACACUCUUAAAGGGCUCUUGAGGAAACUCUUUGAUGGAAUGAUUGGUGGUAAUAUGAGUGGAGAACUUGUGAGAAGACCAACCCCUUCUGAAGGUGAAGUGUCAAGGAGGAGAAGAUUUAAAGAUCUUGCAGGGAGUGAUAAUGGCCGUUUAGCUUGAAAGCUAGCUUCUCUUAAUUGGUUCUCAUAUAUGGUCAUGUACAUAUACAUGAGCUCUCUCAGGUUAGGCAUGCAGUUAAUUAUAUUACAUAUAUAUUGUUUUCUAGAUGUGAUGAAAAUGCAUGCAAUGCUUUCGCUCAUAUGUAUUUAUAUAUAUACUUGAAUAAAGAAAAUAUAGAGGAGGAAUGGUGAUAUAUAAUGCUUUGUAAUUGUUGUAUUAUUAAUACUGUAUUUUUUGAAGGUUAUUGUUGCAUGUAUUUUGAACUAGAUAUCUGGUUUUCAAAGUUGAUGAGGUGUGUAUGUUCAUCAUGUACUCAAUGCUUGCUGUUU